GCGGGCCCGGACGGAAGCAGGAAGCGGUGGGGCAGGACCACGCCCGCGGCGGUGUGCGGGCUGUGCGGCGAUGGCGGAGAAGUUCGACCACCUGGAGGAGCACCUGGAGAAGUUUGUGGAGAACAUCCGGCAGCUCGGCAUUAUCGUUAGCGACUUCCAGCCCAGCAGCCAGGCCGGGCUCAACCAGAAGCUGAAUUUUAUUGUUACUGGCUUACAAGAUAUUGAUAAAUGCAGACAGCAGCUUCAUGAUAUCACGGUCCCUUUAGAAGUAUUUGAAUACAUAGAUCAAGGGCGAAACCCCCAGCUCUACACCAAAGAGUGCCUGGAGAGGGCUCUGGCCAAGAAUGAGCAAGUUAAAGGCAAGAUCGACACAAUGAAGAAAUUUAAAAGCCUGUUAAUUCAAGAACUUUCUAAAGUAUUUCCAGAAGACAUGGCUAAGUACCGAAGCAUCCGAGGGGAGGACCACCCUCCCUCCUAACCGCACCCGCCCUCUGUCUGAAGACCCUCCUCGUCCUGCAGAGUUGUCAUGGCCCUCAGGCCGCUGUGACUGAGCGCGUCGUCCGUCCCCCUGUCCCCGUCGCGGGCCCCUGGGGAUGGGGCCUGCAGGCAUGCGGGCAGUGCCCCCAGCCUGCCCUCCCCGGCGCUCUGUGUGGUCCUCACCCCUCAGACGGUUGGUGAUCACACAGCUUUGAGCGCGAGGCAUCUGCGUCUCCACGGCCAAGCAGCCUUGGAAAUAAUAUCACAGGUAAACCAAACGUUUUUAAAACCCGCGCUGACAGUUUUCUUUUAAUGUACUCUUUCUGUUCCUUUUUUUUUUUUUAAUGUCAAAACUGAAAAAAAAAUGGGAAAAUUGGUUUAAUAUGAGAAGUACUUUAAGUUGGUUUUAAGUGCUUUAAAUUGUAUAUUUUUGAGUACGGUGCAUAAAGAACGCAUUCGGUGGAACUGUGUUUCCAAGGACUUCAGUUUGUCUAACGCAAUAAAGUCUUCAAACACU